AUGGUGGUGUUACUGGUUUUCAGUCGUGUUGUGGGCAAGGUUCGUGAUUUUCAAUGUGCUGUUGUGGAUAGCUUCCCGAUUCUCCAUAAGUAUCUUCAGCCAGGAGAUCUUAUCAUUGGUGCCAUUGUAUCUCACACCUUCUUUGCCACCAGUCCAAAAGACUUCAAGUGCCAACCUUCUGGGAUACUAUCUGAAGAGUACAUUUUGAUGCCUCAAAACUACCAGUACAUCCUGGCUUUGGCUUUUGCCAUCAAGGAGAUCAAUGAAAAUCCUCAGAUCUUGCCAAAUCUCACCCUGGGGUUUCAUAUCUAUGACAGCUAUCUGAAUCCAAGAUUGAUGUAUCGGGCUGCUCUACAACAUAUUUCCCCAAGGAACAGAUUCCUCCCCAACUACAAAUGUGAUAUCCAGGACAACGUACAGGCAGUUCUUGAGGACAUUAAUUCAGAUAAUUCACCACUUAUCCUUGAUCUUUUGAGCAUCUACAAGAUCCCACAGCUCUUGUAUGGUCCUGCUCCAGUGAUGACAGAUAACACCCAAGUCCCAUCCUUCUUUAAUAUGGUCCCCAAAGAAACCCAUCAGUACCUGGGAAUUCUCCAAUUACUUCUGCAUUUCAACUGGAUGUGGAUUGGAUUCUUUACUGUGAUUGGUGGGGAUUUAGAAUGGUUCAUGCAGAGAAUGUUUCCCGUCUUUUCCCAGCAUGGUAUCUGUUUUGCCUUCAUGUAUUCACAGUCCAAUGUAGAAGGCAAUGAUUAUAUGACAGAUUAUGUGAAAAGGUUUUCAGGAGUAUAUGAAAAAAUGAUGGGGAGCACUGCCACUGUAAUUCUCUUCAAAGGACAAGCUCGUAGCAUGAUAAUUUUCAGAGGUUUGAUAAAACUCAUAGAAAUUAAAUACAUGAUGCCAACACGUCAAGGUAAAGUAUGGAUUGUAACAGCUCACAUGGAAUUAAAAACCUAUCAGAAGGAAUUAGACUGGGAUGUGCAAAUAUUCCAUGGCAUGAUAUCGGUUGCAAUUCACUCCAAUGAACUUCAGGGAUUCAAACAAUUUUUUAAGAGCACAAAGCCAUCCAGCACGGAGGGAGAUGGGUUUCUCAAGGACUUCUGGUCAUACACGUUUCGUUGUGCAUUUCCCAGUUCUUUUCUGGUCAAUGUGAAUCAGGUUAACUGCACUGGAAAUGAGACACUGAAGGACUUUUCUGCAUUUGACAUGAGCAUGACUGGCCCUAGCUACAGCAUCUAUAAUGCGAUAUAUGCUGUCGCUUAUGCUCUGCAUACUAUAUAUUCCUUACAAGUUACAGCAAAGAUGAACGGAGAGAGAAAUAAGUUUCAAAAUCAGCAACCUUGGCAGCUCCAUCACUUUCUGAGACACGUCUCAUUUAACAACAGCGCUGGAGACCAGAUUUCCUUUGACCAUAAUGGAGAAUUGAUAGCAGGACUUGAUGUUAUCAAUUGGGUAACAUUUCCAAACCAAUCUUUUGUUAGAGUGAAAGUUGGAAAGACCCAUCCCCAAACUCUUUCAGAGCAAGCACUUCAGAUCAAUGAAGAAUCAAUGGUAUGGCACCCCAGAUUUAACCAGGUACGACCUCUGUCUUUAUGCAGUGAGAAUUGCAAUCCUGGAUAUAGGAUGAGAGAGAGGGAAGGGGAGCCAUUCUGCUGUUAUGAUUGCAGCCCAUGUCCAGAAGGGACAAUCUCUGAGCAUCAAGACAUGCCUGGCUGUUCCCAAUGCUUUGUUGGUCAUUUUCCAAACAAAAACAAGAAUUAUUGCAUUCCCAAGAUGGUAACCUUCUUGUCUUACCAAGAACCUUUGGGAGCUGGUUUUCUUCUUCUUGCUCUGACCCUUUCGUUGACCACAGUCCUAGUGCUUGGAAUAUUUAUAAAGCACCACAGCACCCCCAUAGUGAAAGCCAACAACUGUCACCUCACAUACACUCUUCUCAACUCACUUCUGCUCUGCUUCCUGUGUACCUUGCUAUUCAUUGGCAAACCUGAGAGGGUAAUGUGUCUCCUUCGCCAAACUGCCUUUGGCAUCAUUUUCUCAAUUGCCAUUUCUUCUGUGUUGGCAAAAACCAUCACAGUGAUUGUUGCCUUCAUGGCCACUAAGCCUGGAAGCCUGAUGCGGAAAUGGGUGGGGAAAAGACUAUCCAUUUCCAUUGUUCUUUCCUGCUCCUGUAUUCAAGUAGGCAUUUGUAUCAUUUGGUUAAUAAAUUCCCCCCCAUUCCCAGAUGUUGACAUGCAUUCAGUGAUGGAAGAAUUGGUAUUAGAAUGUAAUGAAGCCUCUCCUACUAUGUUUUAUUGUGUCUUGGGCUAUAUGGGCCUCCUGGCUAGUGUCAGCUUCAAGGUGGCUUUCUUUGCUAGGAAGCUACCCGAUAGUUUUAAUGAAGCCAAGUUUAUCACUUUCAGCAUGCUGAUCUUUUGCACCGUUUGGUUAUCCUUUGUUCCAGCCUACCUGAGUAUCAAAGGGAAAUAUGUGGUGGCUGUGGAGAUCUUCUCUAUCUUAGCCUCCAGUGCUGGCUUACUGGGCUGUAUCUUUUUCCCCAAAUGCUACAUCAUGGUAUUUAGAUCUGCGCUGAAUAAAAGAGAACAGCUAAUAAGGAAAAAACAGUGA